AUAAGCGCGUUCUCAGACGCGGAAGCAGCACGCAGUGACGCAGCUCGACAGAUAUGGGUGUACAAAUAAAAGUUGAAUAUUGUGGUGGAUGAGGGUACGAGCCCCGCUAUCAGGAGCUCAAGCAGGUCGUCACUGCUGAGUUCACUGAUGCGGAUGUGAGUGGCUUUGUCGGCCGCCAAGGGAGCUUUGAGAUCGAGAUCAAUGGACAGCUCAUUUUCUCAAAGCUGGAAACCAGUGGCUUCCCCUAUGAGGAAGAUAUCAUGGAUGUAAUCCAAAGAGCCUAUGAUGGCCAGCCAGUGGAGAAGAUCACCAAGAGCCGGCCACCGUGUGUCAUCCUCUAAUGCUACACAUUAAUGUUAACCCUUCACUAUUGGCUCUCAAUUGAACAACUUCAUGUUAAAGAGAUAGUUCACCCAAAAAUGAAACUAUGCUGUUAUUUUCUCAUUCUCAGGCCACCCAAGAUAUAAGUGACUCUUCAGUAUAACAUUAAAGACAAUUAUUAGCUAAAAACAGUUGUCACUAACCCCUUUCAUGCAUACAGACUUCUCUGAUUUUAUUACAAAAUAAUGUUACGGAAUUUUAUGGGAGUUUGUUCUGUCUGAAAGAGGCUUUAAUGAUUAAAUUAAUGCAAGGCAGUGCUGUAGUCACAAAGCAAAAUUAUUACCCAUGACUGCUGAUGGCACAUUUAUUGAUCAGAUCAUCAAGGACCAAGGUGUCUGUUUAAAAUCUUUACUGACAAAUCUCUUUGACAUGGGAUGAGCAAAUUAACAGCAUGUUUUAGAUUUUUGGUUGCACUAUUCAUGUAAGAUUUCGAACAGUUCAGUCAGCAUAACUUUAUAAGAGAAGUAUAAACAUCUAGAGAUCCUUGAAUGUCACCUGCUUCACUCUGCUUGUCUGGAUGCUGGACGUAAAUGAUUAGCGUAACUCUAAAAUAAGCAGUUACGGUAUGAGACCUGAAGUCUACGCAUCCAUUAAACAGGAAGAGUAAGACUGGUGACGCUGAGGAGGAGGAGGCCAGUGGAAGGGUUAAUGUAUGGGUUCUUUUUAAAGUUAAAGCCACAUUGCCUACUGGGGUCACUGUUCAUCUGUGGGGUUUUUUUUUUUUGUUUGUGGGUUUAAAUACAAAAAUAUAUGCUGAGAUGCACUAAAAUACUGGUCACACUUUACAAGUAAGCUUCUUUAAGUUCAUGUUAACAGUACAGAAUUGAUUAAUCCUACUUUAACGUUAACGAAUGCAUUAUUGAAUUUCAAUGUCUUGCUUGUUAACAUGAGAUAAAUAUAAAGAUUAAUAAAUGCUGUCAUAAAUCUACUUAUGUUAGUAAAUGCAUUAACUAAUAGGAACUUAUUGUAUAGUGUAACCAAUGUACUAAAGCUUUUGCUACAAGAAGGGAAUGUCUAAAACAGGGGUGUCCAAACUCUUGGAGGUCCGGUGUCCUGCAAAGUUUAGUUCCAACCCCAAUCAGAUACACCUGGUGUAGCUAAUCAAGCUCUUACUAGGCUUUCUAGAAACAUCCUUGCAGAUGUGUUGAGGCAAGUUGGAGCUAAUAUCUGCAGGACACCGGCCUUCCAGGACCGGGUUUGGGCACCCCUGGUGUAAAGCUUGAAUGCCUGAAAUCGCAAUAUUUUAGUGUGUCUGAGUGGAAAAGAAUGGUCAUUUUGCUAGUGUCCCUUUGUCCUCUAUCCCAUAUCAUCAUGAAAAGAUCUCAAAUAAAUGACUUUCAUAUUGGUGAGUAAUUGAAAUGUAAGUGUAAUGUACUGUAGAGCAUGUUUUGGGCCAAUUUUGCUUGGAUGUGAAAGCUCAGGGGAUUGCCUCUCAUAUGCAUUUAAGUAUUAAAGCAUGGGUCUCAAACUCGAUUCCUGGAGUGCCGCAGCUCUGCACAGUUUUGCUCCAACCCUAAUCAAACACUGCUGAUCCAACUAAUGAAGGUGUUCUAAAGAGUCUUGAAGAGCAUGAUUACUUGCAUCAGCUGUGUUUGAUCAGGGUUAGAGCAAAACUGUGUAGAGCUGCGGCCCUCCAGGAAUCAAGUUUAAGUCCCAUUAAAGUAUUUCCAAAUCAAACCACACAGCGGAGUAAGACUUAUAUGAUCUACUGCCAACAUGGUUGUUUUGUGUUUUUUGAAACUACUGAAGUUCCUGAUUAUGUUAUAAGAGGUUAGUAAAACAAUUAGGCUCCAUAAAUAACAACUGUUUGAUGCAUGAUUUGAUUAAUGUGAAACGAUUUAAAGUCUCCUAUGACCUGGAUGUGCCUGUACCAUUGCAUUUUACAUAACCUUUAUUGUUACACAUGUUCUGCAUACAUCAUUGUAUUGUUAUUCCGUAUGAAUGGUUAGUUUAAUCGUAGGGGUGCUGGCAUUAUUUUCAUAUGGUCUCAUGCACAAAGAUCUGAAAUUACAUGGGUUUUAAUUGAAAUAGGCUGCAAUAGGAAAUUACUGUCAGGAAUUAAGUCUCUUAAUUUUUCAAACCCAAUUCAGUCUAGUUGAGUGGAAUGGAAGUUUCUGGUAGUGUCAGAGAACAUAGUGAUGUUUAGGUGCUCAUUUCACUUUAAAUAUGUUGUUGAUUGUCAAAUAAAAAGAAUUGAACAAUUUUCGGUGAUUUCUGGUUUGGAGUUGAAGAUGUAAAAUUUUGCUGGCCACUUUAUUAGGUACACCUUGUUGCUGUUUUACUGAGCCAUGUUUUCCUUCGCCAUGUAUUGAAUUUUUUUGUGACGUAGAGUCAACAACUUUCUAAUAAAUCACCCAUUCCAGCACAUCAUAA